AUGUCUCUAGUAGAUACAAUUCCUCCGAUAAUUGUUGUAGCAGUUAGUAGCAUAUCAUUAAUUUUACAAAUUAUUCGUAAUCGAACAAAGUAUAUUGAAAUACCAUCGGAAGAGGUUUCUGAUGAUAUAAUCGAUAGUGCGCGCUUCUCAACAGUAAAAAGGGAUGUCGUUAAACUUGGGUUUACGAUACUGCAGACUGGAUUGUUUACUUUCUUGUUCUGUUGGAGAUUUAAACAUGGAAAUGAUAUAAAUUAUGAUACGAUAAGUGCUGGAAUUCUUGCUAUUUGUUGGUUUUAUGCCCUCUCAAUUUCAAUCAUUGCCUUAUCAUUAAAAUCGAGACGUUGGAGAUGGAUAUUAAAUGCGUAUUUGACUGCAUUUUUUUUUACUUCCUCAUUAUGCUCACUUUGGCAAUUUAUAACCGUUAUAAAAUUAAGAUCAAGUGGUUCUUAUCGUAUAGACGAAAUAAUUGAACAAUUGUCUGUAAUAUGUAACUUUGUUUUCUCAGUAACAGCUACAUCAAUUGCUAUUACAACUCCAAUGGGUCCGCCAAUACUUCAAAAUGGAAAAGCUGUUUGUGCAAUUGAGUAUUGUUCAAUAUGGAAAUUUAUCACUUAUUCUUCUGCUUCUAAAUUAGUUUUCAAAGCUUACAAACAAAAGACAUUCAGUGAUGAUGAACUUGAUUUACUUCCAUUUGCUCUUCAAGCUAGGUCUUUAUAUAAUGUUUUUAAAACAUCCAAAGGGAGUAAACUUUUGUAUCGGAUAUGGAUCGCUAAUAAACGUGUCUUAGCUUUACAGCUUUUGUUCACGAUAAUUGGUGCUGCAUUAUAUUAUGCUCCAAUUCUUUUCCUAUACCUUUUUCUAUCGUUUAUUCAAACAAAACUAGCAAAUGAUUCGUUGGAGCCUGGAUUUUUAUAUAUAUUUGGUCUGCUUAUAUCAAAUAUUUUGUUAUAUUUCACUGUUGCUCAGAAUUGGUAUUGGGCUUCAUGUGUACUUCAAGUUAGCGUAAAGGGGAUGCUUAAUUCUGAAAUCUAUUCAAAAAGCUUAAGACGAAUUGAUUCUCAUGUUUCUGUUGUAAAAGAUGAAACUGAUAAACCUGAGGAUGAUUCAGAUAAAGUCGAUGAUAAUGAUUCAUCCGUUGGCAAGAUUACUAAUCUUAUGUCAGUUGAUUCAAGUCGUGUUAGUGAAUUCUCUGUAUGGUGGACAAGCACAAUUGAUAGUCCGAUAGAAUUAGCUGUUGGUAUUUAUUUUUUGUAUCAAUUAUUGGGAGUAUCUUGUUUGCUCGGUUUUUCGAUUAUGAUUAUUACACUUCCGAUUAAUCAUCAAACGGCCAAGUUAUCUGCAAAAACUCAAGACAAACUUAUGAGUGCCAGAGACCGUAGAGUUGGACUUAUGAAUGAAGUUCUACAAGGUAUUCGCAUGAUAAAAUUCUUUGCCUGGGAAAAAAAUUGGGAAAAUAGAGUAUUGGAGUCUCGCAAAAUUGAGCUUAAACAACUUCGAAAUAGCUUUAUUUAUUUGGCCAUGUUUGAUCUAUUAUGGUCGGCUUCACCUAUCUUGGUCACUAUUCUUAGCUUUUUCUUUUACACCAAAAUUCAAGGAAAUGAGCUUACACCAGCAGUUGCUUUUACUUCGAUAGUUGUUUUCAAUGAACUUCGGUUUGCACUUAAUAUUCUACCUGAAGUUUUUACAGAGGCACUUCAAACUCUGAUUAGUAUACGUAGAAUAGAAAAUUUUCUAAAUGAAGAUGAGAUCGAUAUUCCACCUGAAAAUAAUUAUCCUCUUAUUACAUCAAUCUCUUUUGAAAAUGCAACCGUUUCAUGGAAUAGGAUAAAAGAAAAUAGUGAUGAGUUUACUAUGCAUGAUUUGAAUUUGGAUUUUCCUGUGGGUGAAUUAAGCAUUAUUUGUGGGCCAACCGGAUCUGGGAAGACAUUGUUAUUAAUGUCACUUCUUGGAGAAACGAAUAUUUGUAGCGGCAAGAUCAAUAGUCCACGUUGUCUCACAAUCCCUACUGAUAAAGAUAUCAAUGAAAAUAAUUGGAUUCUUCCGAAUUGUACUGCAUACGUUGCACAGCAAGCAUGGCUUCAGAAUGCUUCUAUUCGUGAUAAUAUUCUUUUUGGUCUUCCUUACAAUGAAAGUCGUUAUAAUCAAGUUAUAAAAGUAUGCGCGUUGGAAAAAGAUUUUCAAAUAUUUGAAGAUGGUGACAUGACAGAAAUUGGUGAAAAGGGAAUUACAUUAAGUGGUGGUCAGAAAAUGCGUGUCGCUUUAGCAAGAGCUGUCUAUUCGCGAGCACAACAUAUUUACAUAGAUGAUGUCUUUAGUGCUGUUGACGCACAUACUGCUUCGCAAUUGAUGAGCAAAUGUCUAUUAGGUCCUAUUAUGAAGGGACGUACCCGAAUUCUUGUAACGCAUCAUAUCAGACUCUCUGUUGCUGAUGCUGCUUAUUUGGUUGUUGUCAAUAAUGGAAAAAUUGUUACGUCUGGUUCGGUUUCAGAAUUACGUAAUUCAGGAACAUUGGCUUUGAUCCUUGAUGAGAAUGAUAGUCAAUCAGAGUUCGCGAAUUCCAUUGAAUUAGCCGCGGAAAAUGCUGUUAAAGUCAGUAAUAUUUCCGAACAGUCAAUUUCAUCUUCAUCCAUUCCUGGUCACAAGGCCGGUUCAUCAACUGCUUCCGAUGCAACUCUUGUCGAGAAUGUUGAGAAUGUUGCUCAAGCAGAUGAUUCACAACCAACAAAAAAAGUCUCUAAACCAAAAGUUCUUGUUGAAGAAGAAGCAAGACCAACUGGCAUGAUUAAAUUUAAAAUUUACAUGUCUUAUUUCCGUGCAAAUGGAAACAUAAUUUAUUGGUCGAUCUUUGUCGGACUGUUUGUUGUAACUAGAGUAACGCAGAUAACGGAAACUUGGUGGCUUCAGGUUUGGUCAAACGCCAACACUAGCGAGACAACUCCAUCUCUUUUCAAUUUCGUUCGACAAGAUAAUUUAAUUAUCAUAGAUGAAAUAAUCGACGAUAUUCAUAUGCCACAUAGCGUUGAUUAUUAUUUAACUAUAUACGUGUUAAUUACACUCUUAUCUAUUGUCAUUGGUAUCUUGCGUUUUGUUUGGCUUUAUUAUGGAUCUUUAAAAGCGUCUAAAAAACUUUAUCAACGACUACUUCAUCAAGUUAUUCGUGCCCCAUUAAGAUUUUUUGAUACAACCCCAGUUGGAAGGAUUCUUAAUAGGUUUAGUAAAGAUUUUGAAACAAUUGAUUCUUCAAUAGCACCUGGUAUAUUCAUUUUGUGGAACCUUGAUAGACUUGAUGCUGGUUUAGCUGGUUUGUCCUUGUCGUUUGCAAUGCACUUUACAGAGCAAAUAAUGUGGACCGUUAGAAAUUAUACCUCACUUGAAAUGAGUUUGAAUGCUGUUGAAAGAGUAAGUGAGUUCUCUGAAAUUCCUCAGGAGGCUCCAGCUAUAAUUGAACCGAGACCACCAGCUUACUGGCCACAUAAUGGUGCAAUCAUGGUACAAAACCUAGAAGUUAAAUAUGCUCCUGAUUUAGAGCCAGUAUUACAUCACAUUUCAUUUAAUGUGGAAGGUCAAGAAAAAGUAGGACUUGUUGGACGCACUGGGUCAGGAAAGUCAACAAUAGCAUUGACACUGUUUCGAUUUGUGGAACCAUCUGAUGGAAGAAUUUUAGUCGAUGAAAUUGAUAUUUCUUCCGUUGGUGUCGAAGAUCUUCGUUCAAGAAUUACUAUAAUUCCACAAGAUCCUACACUAUUUACAGGUACAAUACGGUCAAACCUUGACGCGUUUUCUCAAUAUGAGGAUAGUGAAAUAUUGGAAUCAUUACGACGCGUUCACUUAAUCCCUUCUGCAGAUGAUGUGGAAACUAACACAUUUUCAGGGGAUAAUAUCAAUUUAUUUAAAAAUCUGGAUACACCUGUAAGUGAAGGUGGAAAAAAUUUUAGUCAAGGGCAAAGGCAAUUAUUAUGCCUUGCUCGAGCUUUGUUAAGAAGGUCAAAGAUUAUAUUGAUGGACGAAGCCACUGCAAGCAUUGAUUUUGCUAUGGAUGAAAAAAUUCAAAAAAUGAUAAGAACUGAAUUUGCUGAUUGCACGAUAUUAUGUAUUGCACAUCGUCUACGUACUGUUAUUGAUUAUGAUAGGAUAUUAGUUAUUGAUCGAGGAAAUAUAAUAGAAUUUGAUAGCCCAUACAAUCUAAUUACUGAUAGCAAUUCCGUAUUUUACCGAAUGUGUCAAAAUUCUGGUGAAUUUGAUUUGUUAAUGUCCUUGGUUUUAAAGAAGGGUAAGGCUGAUAGUUAG